CUGUAGUAGACAUCUCAAUCAACUUCUGCAGAGAAAAAACAGAGAUGGGUUCCAGAAUUUUUUCAUCACCUGCCUUCUUCAAGUCUAUCAUACUUGUUCUAUUUUAUACACUGUUUUGGACAAUCCCAGAGGUUGAAGCAGCAAAACAUUCGGGAAUUACCAGGAACUACAAGUUUGACAUUAAGUUACAAAAUAUCACAAGACUAUGCCAAACAAAAAGCAUUGUCACUGUUAAUGGAAAAUUUCCAGGGCCAAGAAUCAUAGCAAGAGAAGGUGACCGGCUCCUAAUUAAGGUGGUCAACCAUGUACGAAACAAUAUCACGCUCCAUUGGCAUGGAAUCAGGCAACUAAGGAGUGGGUGGGCAGAUGGACCUGCUUAUAUCACACAGUGCCCAAUUCAGACAGGACAGAGCUAUGUCUAUAACUAUACAAUUACUGGCCAAAGAGGCACAUUGUUCUGGCAUGCCCACAUUUCAUGGCUUAGAGCAACUCUUUAUGGACCUAUUGUCAUCCUUCCAAACAAACAUGUUCCUUAUCCAUUUCCUCAACCAUUCAAAGAAGUUCCAAUCAUUUUUGGUGAAUGGUGGAAAGCAGAUACGGAGACUGUCAUCAACCAGGCCAUGCAAACUGGGUCAGCACCAAAUGUCUCCGAUGCCUAUACCAUCAACGGUCUUCCUGGACCUUUGUACAAUUGCUCGGCCAAAGAUACAUACAGGCUCAAAGUGAAGCCAGGGAAAACUUAUCUGCUUCGUUUAAUCAAUGCCGCACUGAACGACGAGCUCUUCUUCAGCAUAGCCAAUCACACACUCACUGUCGUUGAAGCCGACGCAGUUUACAUUAAACCUUUCAAAACACAAACAGUUCUACUCACUCCAGGACAGACCACCAAUGUCCUUCUCAGAACCAAAUCUAAAACCCCAAAUGCCACAUUCCUCAUUGCAGCUAGGCCUUAUGUCUCUGGCCCUGCUGCUUUCGACAACUCCACCACCACCGGACUUCUCGAAUACGAGAAAACUGCAGUUACAACCACAAGCACCAACAAGAAGCUCCCUGUUCUGAAACCAGUGCUACCCAAGCUCAACGACACGUCGUUCUCCUUCAAAUAUAACCAGAAAAUCCGUAGCUUGGCCAAUUCAAAAUUCCCGGCAAAUGUCCCGCAAACCGUUAAUAAAAACUUCUUUUUCACAGUUGGGUUGGGAACGACUUCGUGCUCCCAGAACCAAACAUGUUCAGGCCCAAACAACACAAGGCUUGUGGCGUCCAUUAAUAAUGUGAGCUUUGUCCAGCCCAAUAUAGCUCUUCUUCAGGCCCAUUUUUUCAAACGGUCCAAGGGAGUUUUCACAACCGAUUUUCCCACCAACCCACCGUUCAAAUUCAACUACACGGGCACUCCGCGGAACAACACUCAAGUGAGCAAUGGGACUAAAGUGGUGGUUUUGCCUUUCAAUAGUGCUGUGGAGUUGGUUUUGCAGGACACUAGCAUUAUUGGCGCCGAGAGCCACCCUCUUCAUCUCCACGGCUUCAAUUUCUUUGUUGUUGGCAUGGGCUUCGGUAACUUUGACCCCAAAAAGGAUCCGACCAAAUACAACCUUGUCGAUCCCGCUGAGAGGAACACUGUCGGCGUCCCAUCCGGUGGUUGGGUUGCUUUACGGUUCCGUGCUGACAAUCCAGGCGUUUGGUUCAUGCACUGCCAUCUGGAAGUACACACAAGUUGGGGCUUGAAGAUGGCGUGGGUUGUAUUAGACGGAAAAAAGCCCAAUCAAAAGCUGCUUCCUCCACCGUCUGAUCUUCCCAAAUGUUAAAUCUCACAAAUUUCCCACAUGGAUUGGUCUGAUUAUUUUUAUUAAAAAAAAAAUUAUUUUUUUAUUUUUAGGGGGUCAUAUCCUUAUUACUGUGAUUGCCCAAAAGAGGGCCACAGAGAAGGACUUGUAGGUCGUUAGCCCCAUCGGUUGUCCUACUAUUAUUUACCCCACUUUAUGAAAGCAAAAGGAGUG